AUGAUAUACAAGGAGCAGCGCUUCAUUCGCAGCUCAGGUACCCAAAUUACAUUUGAGAAACAUACUUUCGUUGGUCGCGUCGUCCAGAACCGCAGGCGACAUGACUGUACUUCCCAAAUGCUACACGCUACAAAACCAAAGGAGUAUUGCGUUAUUGUGGACGAACACAACCGGGUGGUCGGUGCUGAGCCACGAGAUGUAACUGUGCGCAACCGGCUACUUGGUCGCGGUUCUUACGUGUUCGUCACAAACGACCUUGGCGAGCUCCUAGUUUCAAAGCGAAGCAUGAAGAAGGAUGUCUAUCCGGGCCACUGGGACGUGGUCAUAGCGGGAGUAGUACAGGCGGGAGAGGAGUACGAGGAUACGGCAGCUCGGGAGCUGUCCGAGGAAAUCGGCGUCAGUGAGGAGGGUGCUCGCGCGGGUCUACGACGGCUUUUCGUGUUUCCGUACCGGGAUGCCACCUGCCACGUGUGGGGUUGCGCCUUCACUUUCAACCAUUCCGGUGGGGAGCUGCGGCUGCAGGAGGACGAGGUGGACUGGGCCGGUUUUCGGAGCUGGGAGCAGGUGGGUCAGAUGCUUCAGAAGGAGCAGUUCACCCCCGUGGGCCGACACAUCUUAGAGCUGUACAGAGGACCUCGGGAGGGACCGCAAGGGGGCCCCCAGAAGUAG